AUCCUGAUUUUCCCAAUGAGCAUCACCGAAGACCACAAGAUCCAGCUGAUGUACAGCAUGGCGGGUGUGGGCGCUCUGGGAUGGGGCACCUCCCCGCAUUUCCGCUGCGCCAGCCUCCUUGUGGUACCCAAAUUUCUGGGCAAAGAGGGACGGCUCUACGUGCUCACCUACGUGCUGGCGAGCAUCUACGAUGGCCCCGUGGCCAACGUCCGACACAAUCUGGGCGAAGUGGUGCGAUCCAUCAGUUGCACAGUGGAGCUGCAGAUUGAAAACGCCAAGCGCACCUGGAAGGUGUCGACGGCCCCGCUGCGCAAGGUGCUCACAGACAUAGUGAGGAACGGGAAGACCUUGAGAAAAGAAACCCAAGAAGUCUCACGUUCCUUCUCCGCCCUGAAUGAGCAAGUGGCCAGCAAGUCGGGUUACAACGUGCGCUCGGUGAGGGAGGAGGGUGAGAAACGCAAGGCUUCCACUCAGGAGCUCUACGAGAUGAAAACCCGAAUGCGCUGCUCAUACAUAAUAGACGAGUCCAUCAAGCGCUGCCAGGCCUGGUUCGACGCCAGGCACAAGGCCUGCAUGAAGAAGAUCGCAGUACCCGUCAUCAACCACCUGCUCUGCAUUCCCAUGAAGUUCAGCUUCCUUUGCCACCUUGCCAAGAUUAUGCAUGCUUGGUGCCGUGACAAGAUUCCGGUGGACGGGAACUUUGGCCAGACCUAUGACCGCGUCAACGACUCCGUCGACAGCCUAAACCAAGACUUCAGCACUGAAUUAGUGAUCAAGGAAGAACACCAGUCGAUGCUGGUAGGUGCCAACGUCUCCCACGAACACCUCGUGGACGAGGUCAACGAACAGGUGGCUCUGCAAGGCGGCCGCAUCAGCACUUCCAUGUCUGUGCUCCGCGUCUUGCUCUCCUGUACUUUCAUCGUCGUUUUCGCCUCGGCAUAUUCCUACACCAAUAGUUACAACCAAGAUGUCCGCUUCGACAAUAUUUACAUCACCCGCUAUUUUCGGCAGAUUGAUGCCCGGCGGCGGAAGCAGAAGAAACGCACUCUGCUUCCUUUGCGCCGAGCUGAGCUUCCUGGUUAUAUCGAUCCCUACCAUCUCACGUUCCAGCCAGCGGAGACCAAGAAUGUGAUGUCGGAGCUACUGGGCUGCCUGCCAUCGUUGAUCUUCCUGCUGUUGGCUUUCUGCCUCGAUUACUUGCUAUACAACAUAUUCAGCGCCAUCCGACACCACUCCUUUGUGGAGUACUCUUUCCGCAGCAGCCACCACCUGGAAGUGAACGUCGGCGGGGAAACGAUGAUGGCCCGACUCCUCCGUAGCACCAUCGGGGCCUUGAAUACCUCCUCGGAGAUGGUGAUGGAGACCACCAAUGUGCAAUGUUUGCCCGAACCUCGAGGGAUGUCCAGAGCACAGUAUCAGUCUUGCAGCAUCCCUUUGGGUGCCUUGUUCCUGCUGUGUAUUGUCCAGGUUUACGUCUACCGCAUCCGAAGGGUCAUCGCUGCCUUCUAUUUCCCCAAGCGGGAAAAGAAGCGGAUCCUCUUUCUCUACAACGAGAUGCUGCGACAGCGGGUGGCCUUCAUCACGGUGCAGCGGAAGCGCAUCAUCCAGAAAUACCGGCGGCACAAAAGGCUGGAAAAGCCCCUCUUGGACCGGCUGGGCCGUUGGUUCCCAUUUCUGCAGCGCUUUCUCCGUCGGCGUUGCAUUCUUUGUGGCUUGCCCGAAACCCACAACUCAGUCCUCUGCACGACUACCAGCUGUGGCACCGUCUACUGCCGACUGUGCUGGAAGGACAUGGCCGAGGUCUGCUUUGCGUGUUGCGAGGAUGACGUGCUCUCCAGUGACAGCACCAGCGAGGGGGAGAUGGGCUAUGCCGAAUGA